AUGGAGAGAGUUCCGGGUAAAGAGUUGGAACAUACUUGGUAUACCAUGACAUUAGAAGAGAGGAAGGAUGUGGUGGAAAAGAUCGUGAAUAUUGAAAAGAUACUCUUUGCUAUCCGAUUCCCUGCUAGUGGCAGCCUAUAUUUCAAAGAGUCCUUGAGCGACAAUAUCACGACAGUAGAUAUGUCACCGGAUGUCAGUUGCGGGGAAACUGAUAAGUUUUGCAUCGGUCCUUCAACUGAACUACUCUGGUGGUAUCAAAGGCGAGAUGAAUUAACCGUCAAUCGAGGACCCUGGGAAACUUCUGAAGACCUAUUGACAGCGGUCGGUCAGAGAGAGUUGAUCUGGCUUCAAAGAUUCGGCGAGCGACGUUUUCCCCGUGAACCACUUUACAGAGAGUUCUAUGGACGUCAAAAGGUGGACCCGCAGGUACAAAUAGACAACUUGUUGGACUAUCUGAAAGCCGCUCCGCACAUCGUUCCCGAAAGAGAGGAAUUGAAUCGACCUACCAUCCGUCACCCAGAUCUCUCACCUAACAACGUCUUCAUCUCUGAAUCUGGCGACAUCACGGGUGUCAUCGACUGGCAGCACAGCACGAUUCUCCCCAUUUUCCUGCAAGCCAAGAUUCUGAAGCAUUUUCAGAACUAUGGCGACGAUGAUUCGGAGAAUUUUCGACCUCCAAAGCUUCCCGAGAAUUUCGACUCAUUGACAGAGAGUGAGAAGGAAAGGGAGGAGGAACUCUACCGCCGACGACAGCUCCACUAUUUCUAUCUGGGGUUUACCAGUCGCAACAACAAGCCUCAUUUUAACGCGAUGGGAACAUAUGACCUUUUUGUAAAGAAUCGGCUCUAUGAUACUGUUGGCAGGCCGUGGGAAGGCGAUAAUACUUCACUUAAGGCGGAACUGGUACAUACAUCGAUCUACUGGUCUGACGUUGCCACUUCGGUGAUGAAACAAGCUGGGUUCCCUGCUAAAUUCUCCGAAACAGAAGUUACAAAAUGCGUCGACAUUGAUGCGAAGCAGAAGAACGUAGAUGCACAAAUGCAGCGACUGCGCGACUUCAUUGGCGUCAACAUCGAGGGUUGGGUGCCGACUGAAUCAUAUGAAGAAGCGAGGGAGAAAGAACGAUAUAUCAAACAUCAAAUGCUGGAAGCUGCUGAAACAGAGGAUGAAAGGAGGGAGCUGGACGAAAAUUGGCCAUUCCAGGAUCACGAGGAGUUAGACUAG